AUGUCCCUUAUAGAAAUCGAGUCAGAGGACCAGUUCACCAAGCUCACAAAAGAUGACCCUACCAAGUUGAUUGCUCUCUAUUUUCACACGCCCUGGGCCGCUCCUUGCCAGACCAUGAACUCGGUGGUGAAGACUUUGGCUCAGGCAAACCCAGAUGUCAGAUUCCUUUCCAUCAACGCUGAUGAUCACUCAGAUAUCUCUGAGUUGUUCGAGGUGUCUGCAGUGCCUUACAUAAUAUUGAUUCGCAACUCCACAAUCUUAAAAGAGUUGAGCGGAGCAGACCCAAAAGAGUUCAUAGCUGCUUUGAAACAGUUCACCGGCGACACUACGCCUUCUGGAGAUGCUGCCGCUGCUGCUAACUCCCUGGAUAGCCAGUCAACUCCUUCGGCUGCUGCCAAAGAACCCUCCCCUGAGGAGCUUGAAGAGAGGCUAAAGAAGCUUACCUCCGCAGCUCCAGUGAUGCUUUUCAUGAAGGGAUCUCCUUCAUCUCCUCAAUGUGGCUUCUCACGUCAAAUGGUGGCCAUAUUGAGAGAACAUCAAGUGAGAUUUGGCUUCUUCGAUAUUUUGAAGGAUGAUACCGUGAGACAAGGUCUUAAGACCUUCUCUGACUGGCCUACAUUCCCACAGCUAUACGUGAACGGUGAAUUUCAAGGUGGUUUGGACAUCAUCAAGGAGUCUCUUGAGGACGACCCCGACUUCUUCCAGACAGCAUUGUCCACGUAA